AUGGGGGAUUGGGGGUACAUCAUCUCUAGCAUGCAUCACUUUGCCCUGCAAACUCAUGAAGAUGGAGAAGAAACAUCAAUCAAAUACGAAAAAGGCAGGGCGGAACCGGUAGUAGUAGUAGAGGUUGAGGAUGACGAUGAGUCACCUUUUGCUGAACUUCCUCAAAUAUUUUGCACCAUCUCGACGGCCGCCGUGGCCAGCAUCGCCCAGGACUCCGGCUCGCUCACCACGGCGCACGUUCCCGCCCGCCAGCAGCACGUACCCGGCAACGGCCCCGAGGCUGAUGAGUUUGCCCGCGCGGAUCUGGUCGGAGUCCGCGUCGACGAGCACUGCGUGGUCCGACUCGGAGAUGGCGAGCGCGGGGCGCACUUCGAAGUCUUCCUCGCGUCAUGGCCGCCUCCGCCCCGAGCCCCUGGGCUCCUCCGCCGCGGGGGCGACCGACACAGCCACGGUGGGAGUAACCGCCUGAUGCGGCGGCUCGGAGGCCCCCGCCGCAACGGAUUGGCCGGAGGCAGGCCCUAG